GUUCUGUGAGGCGGUUGGGCGGGUUCGAAGGCUGCUGCGGCGGUUUUGCUGUGAGGGUUCAGGGCGGCUACCAGAUUGACUGAGCCUCUGUGAAGAUGUCUAAGCAACAACCUGCUCAGUUUCCCAAUCCAGAAACACCUGGUUAUGUAGGAUUUGCAAACCUUCCAAACCAGGUUCAUCGGAAAUCUGUGAAAAAAGGCUUUGAGUUCACCCUUAUGGUAGUUGGUGAGUCUGGACUGGGAAAAUCUACUCUAAUAAACAGUCUGUUCUUAACAGAUCUCUAUCCAGAAAGAAUAAUCCCAGGAGCAGCUGAGAAAAUUGAAAGAACUGUGCAGAUUGAAGCUUCAACUGUAGAAAUUGAAGAAAGGGGGGUAAAGCUCCGACUGACUGUUGUGGACACACCAGGAUAUGGUGAUGCUAUCAAUUGUAGAGACUGUUUCAAGACUAUAAUUUCCUAUAUUGAUGAGCAAUUUGAACGCUAUCUUCAUGAUGAAAGUGGCUUGAACAGACGGCAUAUUGUUGAUAACAGAGUUCACUGCUGUUUCUAUUUCAUUUCACCAUUUGGACAUGGUCUCAAGCCCUUGGAUGUUGAGUUCAUGAAAGCCAUACACAACAAAGUGAAUAUUGUGCCUGUAAUUGCAAAAGCUGAUACCCUUACUCUGAAGGAGCGGGAGAGGCUGAAGAAACGGAUUCUGGAUGAAAUUGAAGAGCAUAGCAUCAAGAUUUAUCACCUACCGGAUGCUGAAUCUGAUGAAGAUGAAGACUUCAAAGAACAGACCAGACUUUUGAAGGCCAGCAUUCCAUUUUGUGUAGUGGGAUCCAAUCAACUUAUUGAAGCUAAAGGUAAAAAGGUCAGAGGUCGUCUCUAUCCAUGGGGAGUUGUUGAAGUGGAGAACCCAGAGCACAAUGACUUCUUAAAAUUAAGAACCAUGCUAAUCACCCACAUGCAAGAUCUCCAGGAAGUAACUCAAGACCUUCACUAUGAAAACUUCCGUUCUGAAAGACUUAAGAAGGGUGGCAGGCAAGUAGAAGAUGAGGAAGUGAACAAAGAUCAAAUCUUACUGGAAAAGGAAGCCGAACUCCGGCGCAUGCAAGAAAUGAUUGCAAGGAUGCAGGCACAGAUGCAGAUGCACAGACAAGGAGGUGAAGGAGACAGUGGUAUGCUCCAUGGACACAAAGUCUAAGUGAUUUGGUAUCUUCAUUAACCAGAGGCUCUUGAGAUGCCGGGAUGUAUUCUGUGGAGAGAGAUGCCUGUUACUCUGCAGUGAUGUAGAAGCUCCUGUUUGCACUUAAUGUGCAAAUAUGUAGUGGUCAUUUCUUAAUACCUACUUUAUAAACAAUUUAGAUUUGGUCAUUUUAAUUCUGUAAUGUAAUGUGGCAAAAUUUACUUACUAUUUUACUAAGCUGAUUUUAUUACAAUGAAGUAUACCAAUAUUCAGAUUUUUUUCUAAAGUAACCUAAUAUUAAUCUAAUAGCAUGGAUUAUUAACACUGUUAAUGGUUGGGGUUUUGUUUUUUAUUUUGUUGGGGCUUUGUUUGUUUGUUUUGCACUGAGAAAUCAACUGACUUUGACCCAAAGACCAAAAUAUUCAUGCGGUUUGGACUUCCUGCACAGCCUUCCAGGGCUUAGACAGGGCUUAAUAAAUACACUAGUCAAACCCUCUUUUAAAUCACAAUUUCCCAGGUAGCCAAAGCUAUUGUUUGUUCACCAGUCAUCAGUGCAGAGAAAUUUUGUUGGGAAAAAGUACGAAGGGAGUCUUUGGUCUUUAGGAUGGAGACCUUCGCACAGAGGCUGUCUAAUAGGACAAGUGAUAAAACUGGUAAUUGUUCGGUGCCAUUUUUUAUAUCUAGUAACGUUUAGCACUGUGUGCCUGUGAACACUCUGAGCUGCUCUGCCUAUCUAAGGCUUUUAUUUUGUCAAGUAACUACCAAGUGUGUUCUUUUAUAAGGUUAAAGAAAAGAAAAAGUAUUAAGUAUAAAGACAUUCUGUCACAUCUUCAGGGACAUAUUUUCUGUAGUCUUCGAACAACUGCUUUAAAAAAACCCAAGUGGAACCAAAACCCCAUUCAGGUUUGUGGAGACCAAAUAUCCGCAUAAUCAAGAAAAUGAAUCCUGAUCUAAGUUGAUCUCCUUAACCAUUCAGACCCAAAUUGUGUAGAUGUGAGCACUUCGUUUUUCUGUGAAAAUAUUUUGUAAAGGCAGUUUGAACUUCAAUAUUCACAAAAUGAGAAGUGCAUAGAUCACAGAGCAAAAUUAAAUCUUGUGCCCUCUAGCCUUCUAACUUAAGAAACAUAUAUGACACAUACUUUGCAUAAGUUCUCUUGGUCAGUGCUAUGUAUUUAUUUCUGAUGAUCUGGCAUGUUGUAUGUUCGUAUAGUGUAUUUUGACUUUAAAAGAUGAUUCAGAAAAAUUAGAAAAAUCAAUGCUCUAGCUUUAUUGGCAUCAACAAACCAAAAUAGCAUUCAUACAGAGUAAACGAAAAACUUGUUGGUUUCAGCAAGCAGCAGUAAUUUCCAUUCUUGGGGGAUAGCAGAUAAAUUUUCUAUUAGAACUUUUUUGCUUCCUUUGAAAACUACAGAAAUAUAUUUGUUAUAUACUAUGAAAAACUUCUUAAUCCUUUUUCCUCUUCUUAAGAGAAGGGUAAACAUCCCAAGAUCACAAUAAUUGCUUACCUCUUAAGCCAGACUGUUUUCCUUGCUAUUCUGCAGUGGGAACAACACUUUGGGGCUAGUUUUUAAAAUUGCUGUAGCAUUAAAUUCAAAACUUUUGUGGUAUGCAGUAGAGCUGCAAAGGAGGAAAACUGCUUACCAUGUCUUCCUUUUCUGAAUCACCUGUUUUCCCCCCUGUUAACUUGACAAACGAUUAACCAUUGCUACUGCAGAAUUUCUAACUGCUACAACAAUGGACAGAUCUGUGCCAAAAGGCUGGAAAUUGAUGUUAUCUAAUUGGAACACCUUCUAUCACUACAUGUAUACUUUUUCAUUAUAGCUUAAUCUUUCAUGUAGUCCUAUAAUUGUCAUCUUAGUCUCUAAAUCAUUGCUGAUCUAGACCUGACAUAACUGACCCUGAUUAGCGAAAAAGGAAACAAAAUGUAUCUUUACCUUGUUUUUGAAGAAAAACGAAUUCUUUAAAAAUAUGCAAAAAUCUUGUAGAUAGGUCAAGUAUGGUUUUUUACAAUUGUUAAGUAGAAACACUAAAACUUGGCUGUUUAAAUUUGUCAGCAAAGAAAUUUGAUCGUAAAUGGGCCAGGAAGUUUUAGUAUCUUUUGUCUGCAGCCUUGUUCCCUCCCCCAAAACUAAAAUCUUUUGUAUGCUUUGUGGGGGGGGGUGAUAUUGCAUCGGUUACAGAAGCAAUUGUGGGGUUAAUUCCUGCAACAAGAGGAGAAGUUGGCAGAAACCCCCCCCCCCCC